UGAUGCUGCAGGUGAAUAUGGAGAUAGAUGGAGCCUCAUCCUCUAUAUCCCCUCGUGUCACCACCUCUGCUCCCCAGCAGGACCCUUGUGAUAGAUCUAACACAACCUCAGCCUCAAGACUCCACCUCCAUCCCCGUACCUGUCUCCACCGGCCCCACAGCCCACCCCGGAUGGCUGCGGUGGGGGUUUAGCGCCUAAAGCCCUCAAAUCUCAAAUUGUGCUGCCCUGUCACAGCGAGGGUUUAGCCUUCGUUGCGUAACUCCAGGGCCACCUGGCCCCACGCUGCUGCGUCAGCAGCCAUGGCCCAAAGUCCCCAAAGGGACACCAAGGCUGCUGGCCCCAGGGGGGGGAUGCAAGAUACCCCUGUCCCAGCAUUAAUCCUCUUUGGGGGGCCCCCAUCAAUCAUCCCCCUCGACUGGGGCUUGUAAUUAAUUGCCUGGGGACAGGGAAGGGGGGCGGUGUGUCGUCCCCCUCUCCGUAAUUACCACUUUUCGUUAUUCCUCUCUAAACUCCUUAACAAGGGGCUUAUGUGCUUACAGGGCCUGGUGGGCGCAGCACGGGGGGACAUAGGGGUCACCCCUGCACCCCAGCACUCCUCCACAAUCUCAGCCCUCCACUUCCCAGGGCCAGCAUCGCCAUGACCCCUGUGUCCCCACCACAGGUGGCUUUGGAGGCUUUGGUGUCAUGGGGUUUAGGGUUACAGGGAGGCAGCGGUGCCGGGGCUCAGCACCUUUUUAAUUCUUCAUCGCAUGGCUGAUUGAUCCCCCCCCACACAGACACUAAAGAUUAAGACGGUGACAAACAGGCGGCUGCUUACACAGCGCCCGCGCUAAUCUGCCUUGAAGAGAGCACAGCCACAGCCCCAUCCUGCAGAGCGGGGACAGGGACAGCCCAGCAUGGCUGCAUCGCCGGCGGGGUCGGUGGUGAGCGCCGGGCUGGAGGACAGCCCCUCGGGACUGAGCCCGGCCCCUGGCAAGGCACUGAGCCCUGUGCUGUUGUGCAAGGUGUGUGGAGACACCAGCAGUGGGAAGCACUACGGCAUCUAUGCCUGCAAUGGCUGCAGCGGCUUCUUCAAGCGCAGUGUCCGCAGGAAGCUCAUCUACAGGUGCCAAGCAGGGACAGGGCUGUGCCCAGUGGACAAGGCACACCGCAACCAGUGCCAGGCAUGCCGGCUCAAGAAGUGCCUGCAAGCCGGCAUGAACAAGGAUGCUGUGCAGAAUGAGCGCCAGCCCCGAAGCACAGCCCAGGUCCGGCUAGACAGCAUUGAGCUGGAUGCCGAGCUGCCCCCAGAGCACGUGGCUGCCACGCGUGAUGUCCCACCAGUUCCCUGCCCGGCCCCCCGUGGCCCUGGGGCUACUGCUGCCACCGCCGCUGUCCCCCGCACACCCACACCACCCACCAACCACCGCUUCAUGGCCAGCCUGAUGACAGCUGAGACCUGCGCCAAGCUGGAGCCUGAAGAUGUUGAUGAGACAGUGGAUGUGACGGGUGGUGAGCCCGAGCGGGCAGGUGGUGAGUACCAGGUGGCCCCAUACCCAGCAGCUGGUCCUGAAAAUGUCUACGAGACCUCGGCACGCCUUCUCUUCAUGGCUGUCAAGUGGGCAAAGAAUCUGCCUGUCUUCUCCAAUCUGCCCUUCCGGGACCAGGUGAUCCUGCUGGAGGAGGCGUGGAGCGAGCUGUUCCUGCUCUGUGCCAUCCAGUGGUCCAUGCCCCUGGAGAGCUGCCCGCUGCUGGCUGUCCCCGAGCCAUCCCCUGGCAAGCUGUUGCCAGCCGCCGUGGACGUGCGGGCGCUGCAGGAGACCCUGGGGCGCUUCAAGGCGCUGGCUGUCGAUCCCACUGAAUUUGCCUGCAUGAAGGCUGUGGUGCUCUUCAAGCCAGAGACCCGUGGCCUGAAGGACCCUGAACAGGUGGAGAACCUGCAGGACCAGUCGCAGGUGAUGCUGGGCCAGCACAACCGCUCCCACUACCCUGGGCAGCCCGUCAGGUUUGGGAAGCUGCUGCUGCUCCUGCCAGCACUGCGCUUCCUCUCCUCCGAGCGUGUGGAGCUGCUCUUCUUCCGCCGUACCAUCGGCAACACCCCCAUGGAGAAGCUGCUCUGCGACAUGUUCAAGAACUGACCCCUCCCUGCUGUCCCCUGGACGCUGCUCAGUGGCUUUUGGGAUACCCUGGGUUGUUUGCUCCCCUGUGCUGGCACUGUCAUCCCCACCUCUCCGUGGGGUCCUUGGGGUGCUCCCAAGUGCUGCAGGAGGGUGGGUGGCAGGGGGACAUCAGGGUGGCACCAGGAGAACCUCAUGGGGUGAGCACCUCGAUGGGUGCUGUUGUCCCCUACCCAACCCUGAACCCCCUGGACAUGGUGCCAGCAGCGCUGCAACCCAGGGACAUGACACCAGCCUGGGGGUGGCACUGGUGGGGGACACAUGGGGACAGAGCUGUGUCCUCCCAUCCCAGGGGGCUUGCAGCCAACCCCCUGUUUUGUAUUCUGAAUAAAGAGGGCUUUUGCAGACAACCUCCUCAUGCCCUUCUCUCAAGGUCUGGCACUGGGGACACUGGGGAUACACUGGGGACACAGGGCCAGGGCAGCUAGCUGAAAAACAGAUCUCUAGUUCCAAAAGGAAGGCCAAGAAGGAACACCCACCUGCAGACCCAAAACCCAGAGGUGAUAUCCCCCCUGGUGGCGCAUCCCCAAGGUGCCACCCCCAGCGUGCCCCCAAAGACAUCACCCAGUGCUCCUCGUUACAGCUCUUUAAUAAGCUAGGGCUUCGCUCGGCCGCUUUGUACAGCCACACGGAACACGCUGAAGAAAUAUUACACAGAAUUGCACUUUAUACAGAACAACGGCCUCGUUGCAGGAGGAAAGGGAACAACAUGAAGUAACAAAUUCAAUGAGGACGCGCGGACACGACAUGACAGCUUGCUGGCUGCCCCCGGCGCUGGGCAGAGAAAAAUCAUUCUCCAUUAUAGAAUUACACUUUUAUUUUUAAUUUUUUUUUUAUUUUUUUUUUUUUUUUUUUUUUAACAGGUAAAAUUUAUCGAGCGUGACGCAGGAUAAUAUAUCCUCUUACAUACAGACUUCUGGGGGUUUGCUGGGGUUUCAUUUUUUUUUUUUUUUUCCUUUUUAACUUACACUUGGCAUACUUAUAAAUUACUUUAAAAAAUUUCCAUUAAAAAUAAUAAUUAACAACACGCGGCCCACGUCCUUUCCAGUAGUAAGUACAUUCACUUGGUACGAGGAGCGGAUCGUCAUCCAAAACCAACACUGUGCCCCAAAACAGCUGCUUAGGGGCAUGGGGGGCGGCAGGGUGCUGGCUCUGUGCUGGGUGGGGACCUGCUAAAACCACCCCAAUCGCUGGGGGCUGCUCAUCUCUCAUUGCUAGUUUAGAACCUGCCAGUGAGGAGGAUAUAUGCAAAAUAAUAUAUAUAUUUUAUAUAUAUAUAUAUUAUUACAUACAUAGAGGGAGGUGGUGUGUCAGCUGGACAUGCCGUCCCUGCUGCUCUCGCGGUGAGCUCAGUGUGGGAUGGGACAGCGCUCUAUUGGAGGAGACCUCACCCUAAAAAUUCAGCUUUGAAGGAUAGUGGGAUUUCUUUACAUAACAAGGCCCUUCCAUUGAGUGAGGAGGAGAUGUGGCUCAUCCCAAUAUGGGGGUGGGGGCUGCAUGGGGAUUAUGCGCUCCCAACAUCGCUACGUGGCUUAAAUCCAAAGAGAAAACAAAACCCACCGCCACCAACAAAAAUCAAAAUAAUAAAAAGGCAAAUAAAUAAAACACCCCUUGAAAUCGGUAGCACUGGGGCUGGGAAUGGGCGGCUGUAUCGCUGGAUCCAACGUGGAUGCCGAGGGCACCCCCAGCCCCAGUAAAACCAACAGAAAACAUGCAGGAAGACUCAAGUUAUUGGUGUUUUCCAUCCUUUUGGAGGCGUCCAGGGAAAGGCGCAGAGCCCAGCCUGUCCAGAACGCCAAGCAGAAAGGGGCAGACCCAGCACCUAUGGACCCCAUUGGCAUUCCCAGGCCCCCAACCUCUCCCAUCCUACAGACAGGCAGGCCCUGGGCUGCAGCAGGAGCCACCAGUCCCUUUCAUUAGUGAGCGCUGCUCAUUAGUGCUACUGCAGGCAGUGCUUCUGAGCCCUGCUAAUAUACAGCCUGAUGGAGCAGUGGUGAAAGAUGUGGCGAUGGCCAGGUCCUUUGCUGCCCACUGACCCCUCGACCUGGCACAAAGUCCUCUUUGGGGCAAAAUAUUAAAGAAAAACAAACAAACAGUAAAACACAACCAAUAAAAAAAGUAUUUACAAUAAACUCCAGUAAACCA